AUGGGUAGCUUCCUUCAACGUGGCACCUUCCCCCCGAUUUCUUUGGAUACUUUCUGCCUCCCACGCAUGCAAGGUGGACUUGGUAUCAUCGAUCCUAAGACGCAGCAGAGCGCUCUACAACUUCGUUGGCUUCAACCUAUCAUCCGCGCUCCUUGGUCCCCACCUGGUUUGGUCCCACGCUGGAUGUCCGGAUUGUUACAGGCUUCACUUCCAUCUCUUUCUCCCCUAUUUCCCCUUCUAUUUCCAAGUAUGCGUCCUUCUGGAUGGCGGGAUCUUACCUCUCCUCUACAUUUAGCCUUUGCUGCCAUUGACCAUCUGCCGCACAACUUUGAUAAUGUUGUGGUAAAUUCGACUACUUGCCUUGCUUUGCCUCUCUCAGCAGUCACCAUUGUCCCUGCUUCCCAAGCACGCUUCCCUCCAUCUUGGCAAGAUCUUUUGGUUUCCCACCUCUACACCUUUGACCCUGCCCUGGCGUCGCUACGGUCUAUCUCCAUCACCAGCAGCCACCCACGCUCUCAUGUUAUUAAUAAGUUCCUUGGCCGAGUUCAACUCAACACUCUCACAUUACAUUUGAUAAUCGUUUGUGCUUGUUGCUCUCCUCGUGAACUGACCGAACAAUAUCUGUCUCUGCUCGUUCAAGAUGGCACAUCAAUUGACUUGUUCCCUUUCUUUAAUGCGCUCGUACCUUCUCAGACUUGGACACGCCUUUCCACACGCACUUUCCGCAGGCUGUGCUCCCACCAUCUCGUCCGUGCCCGCUAUUUCGAUCCCCUCGUGGCUCUCGUUAUUGGCGGAAAUUUUGGUCUUUCCCCCUUCCCCUGGUGGCUCGUAACAUUUGGUUUCGUGGUCUACACAACAAGAUUUCUUGCCGAGCCCGUCUUCACUCUUUGCUUCCUCUCACCUUUCUCUCUCCUACCUGCUCUAUUUGCUCUCUCUCCUCCGACUCCCAAGACCACUUCUUCUUCACUUGUCCUCCCAAAAACGCGGUGUGGAUCGGCAUGUGGCUGGAAUUCUUUGGCACAAUACCUACCCCAACCGCACUACACAACGCUUUUCACUUCUUCUCUUUUCCCUCUUCCUUAA